CGUCAAAACGUCAAGUCACACACAGCUGUCUUAAAAAGUUAAAACCCAAACCCUUUCCAAAUUCCCCCCAAACUUCAUCUUCUCCACAUAAACCCUAACCAUAACAUCUUAGAAUUCACCACUUCAUUGCCCAAAAUGGCCGAACGACUCGACAUGACACUCGAUGACAUCAUCAAGAACAACAAGAAAUCAUCAGGAUCUUACACUAACACCACUUUCCGAGGCGGUGGCCCCGACCGCAGCCGCGGUCUCGGCCGGAGCCGUGGUCCCGAACCAGAACCAGCUCCCGGACCUACCAGACGAGUUGACAACCGAGUUCUUACUCGUAUGAAACCCUACUUUGUUCCGCAGGCUUUUCAUGUGCAAAAUGUGUUGGUUGGAGGUGAGUCCAGUUCUGAAGCAGGCACAAGGCUUUACAUCUCGAAUUUGGACUAUGAGGUUACUAAUGAGGAUAUCAAGGUGUUGUUUUCAGACGUCGGUGAGUUGAAACGCUAUGCAAUUCAUUAUGAUAGAGGUGGAAGAUCAAAGGGAACUGCGGAGGUGGUGUAUAUGCGGCAGUCAGAUGCAGUGGCAGCGAUGAAGAAAUAUAACAAUCUACAGCUGGAUGGCAAACCUAUGAGACUUGAAUUGGUUGGAGUAAACAUCGUUACCCCUGUUCCCAUUCCACCGAUGCAAAAGGGUAUUUUGGGAACUGAUCCCAUCAAUCUUUCUCAAAGAAUUGUUGGAAGAGGGCAAGCACUUGGUGGUAAUGUGCAUUAUCGUGGAUCUGAAAGGGGUCAUGGUGGAGGUCGAAGCCGUCCUGAAAAAGUAUCAGCUGCUGAUCUGGAUGCUGAUUUGGAGAGAAUUGUUGGAAGAGGGCAAGCACGUGAUGUGCAUCGUGAAUCUGAAAGGGGUCAAAGUGGAAGUCGAAAGCAUCCAGAAAAAUUAUCAGCUGAUGAUCUGGAUGCUGAUUUGGAGAAGUAUCGUCAACAAGCAAUGCGUAUGCGUAUAAACUGAGGAUCAUCUUACUAUUGACCUGUUCAUUUUGAAACCAAACAAAACCAAGAUUACAUGUAUUCCAGUAGUUACGUGGAAAAAUUAACAAACAUUAAAAGGCCAACAAACAGAUACAGGAAACUUAGUUUUGUUAUGGGUCUUCCAUAUAGUGGCACAAAUUGGUUAAUCUGCUAAUUUUCAGUGGAAUAUGCAUAGUGCAAUUAUGUUA